AUGCCAUGGUCCCGGGACUCCGCCUACCCCAGUCUUUCCGAGUACAACUUCAACGUCAGCGUAGUGGAGCUAGUAUCGGCUAUGAGGAACAUUAAGGAAGCACGGUUCCCGAAGCCAAUGAGAUCCGAUCCCAUUCAAAGGGAUCCUAAUUUAUGGUGCGAAUACCAUGGGACCAACAGCCACAGGACAGGGGAUUGUCGGCAUCUGCGCGAGGAGGUGGGGGGAAAUGAGAUUAAUGGUGUGACAUUUUCGGCGACAAAAAAGACGAAGGUGUCAAUGACCCACAGCAAGAGACUUCGGGAAGUCGCUGAGGACGACAUUACUUUCACGGAGGAAGACACAGAUGGACUACUGCAGCCACACAAUGAUGCAUUGGUAAUCUCUUUAAAUGUCUUAGAUUUUAAAAUUAAACGUGUUUUGGUGGACCCAGGAAGUUCGGCCAAUAUUAUCCAGUGGAGAGUGCUGGAGCAAGCCAAGCUCACCGGAAGUAUCAUUCCGGCCACAAAACUACUCGCCGGAUUCAACCUAGCAAGUGUGACGACCCGGGGAGAGAUCCUACUGCCCACGAAUGCUGAGGGGGUGAUGAAGACGACCCUUUUUAGGUAG